AAAAAGCAAACCAAUCAAUCGAUCAAUUGACUCAACCCAACCGAAAAUUUCCUUCCCCCAUUUCCCUACCAGAACCGUAACUUACGAGUACCACCAAACCAGACCGGACCGGACCACCGCAGCCACGAAAGAAAAGAAAAGAAGGGAGUGGGGAAAUCUAUGUCAACUUCCAUCCAAGAAGAAUCCCUAACCGCCCUCUGCCCCCUCUGCCACUCCCGCCCGCCCAAGUAUCGCUGCCCGGCGUGCGCCACGCGAGCAUGCUCGGUGGCCUGCGUGAAGAAGCACAAACUCUACGCACAGUGCAGCGGACAAAUCGACGCCGCCGCUUUCGUGAAACGCAGCGCACUGCUGUCAUCGCCGGCGACGCUGAAUAGGGACUUUGGGUUCUUGACGGGUGUUGAAAGGGUACUGGGGACUGCACACGGGGAAGAAAAUGGUGAGGCGGGAGGGGAGAGGGUGAGGCUGGAAGAGUUUUUAAAAAGGAGCGGUGUGAGCGUUAGGUGGGCCCCUAGGGGUAUGAAGAGGGCUGUGGAGAAUUGUACUGCUGUGUCGAAGGGGAGGAAGGGAAAGCAUGUGAUUUGGACGGUGGAAUGGAUUAUGGUUAAUUCGCAGGAUACUAGGGAGGUAAAGAGGGUUUUGGAUGGGAGUGUGUCGGAACAUUCGUCUAUUUCUCAGGCUUACUUCAACCCUACCACCACUCACGAAGACUCAGGCUCACAACUUCAACCCCCCCGCAAAAAAAUUAAGAAGAACAAACAGGAUACCUCACAGACAAGGUUCUACUUGAAAAAAAUCGGAUGUCCAGCGAAUAGCCCCGUACUGAUCAAACUCGACGAAAACAAGUCCCUAUCAGUAGCCCUGCGAGGGAGGGCCGUGGAGGAGUUUCCGACAAUAGUGGUUUGGAGAGGGGAUGGGGAUCCGGCGGGGUAUGGGAUUGAGAGUGGUAUUUUGAUUGAGGUUGUCGAUGAAGGGGAAGGGAGAACGGGGAUCGAGUCGGAGAUGAGGCGGACGGGCAAAGUCCCCGAUAGCCACGGUGCGCGGGAAUUCCACCUUGAUCACAACACCAACAUUUCUCAAGUUGUUGAACCCUCCAAUGAACUAGCCUCCACAGGGUAGUCAAUCACGCCUAAACCAAACAACGAAAACACAGAAACUCAGACCGCCUGAGGCUCCCCUCUCCUUCCCUUCCGUGGCCUGCCUACAGGCCUACAGUCACCAAACCACAAUAUAUGUAACAUGCACACCCAAUGCAUUCAAUAUAACACCCGGAAUUGGUGUCAAGUUAUAUACCAUUGGUUUGUUUGCAUCAAAUCUGUAUUAUAAUAUAGCUAUCUCUUCGUUUCAGAA